UGCGGCCCGGAAAAAAAAAAAUUAAGAAGAGUGUGGAAAGUGCGAGUGCGGAAGCUCCGGACGCGAGGGGCGGGGCGUGCGCGGGACAAAGGGAAGCGAAGCCGGAGCUGCGGGCGCUUUUUCUGCCCGCGGUGUCUCAGAUUCAUUCUUAAGGAACUGAGAACUUAAUCUUCCAAAAUGUCAAAAAGACCAUCUUAUGCCCCACCUCCCACCCCAGCUCCUGCAACACAAAUGCCCAGCACACCAGGGUUUGUGGGAUACAAUCCAUACAGUCAUCUCGCCUACAACAACUACAGGCUGGGAGGGAACCCGGGCACCAACAGCCGGGUCACGGCAUCCUCUGGUAUUACGAUUCCAAAACCCCCAAAGCCACCAGAUAAGCCGCUGAUGCCCUACAUGAGGUACAGCAGAAAGGUCUGGGACCAAGUAAAGGCUUCCAACCCUGACCUAAAGUUGUGGGAGAUUGGCAAGAUUAUUGGUGGCAUGUGGCGAGAUCUCACUGAUGAAGAAAAACAAGAGUAUUUAAACGAAUACGAAGCAGAAAAGAUAGAGUACAAUGAAUCUAUGAAGGCCUAUCAUAAUUCCCCCGCGUACCUUGCUUACAUAAAUGCAAAAAGUCGUGCAGAAGCUGCUUUAGAGGAAGAAAGUCGACAGAGACAGUCUCGCAUGGAGAAAGGGGAACCGUACAUGAGCAUUCAACCUGCUGAAGAUCCAGAUGAUUAUGAUGAUGGCUUUUCAAUGAAGCAUACAGCCACUGCCCGUUUCCAGAGAAACCACCGCCUCAUCAGUGAAAUUCUUAGUGAGAGUGUGGUGCCAGACGUUCGGUCAGUUGUCACAACAGCUAGAAUGCAGGUCCUCAAACGGCAGGUCCAGUCCUUAAUGGUUCAUCAGCGAAAACUAGAAGCUGAACUUCUUCAAAUAGAGGAACGACACCAGGAGAAGAAGAGGAAAUUCCUGGAAAGCACAGAUUCAUUUAACAAUGAACUUAAAAGGUUGUGCGGUCUGAAAGUAGAAGUGGAUAUGGAGAAAAUUGCAGCUGAGAUUGCACAGGCAGAGGAACAGGCCCGCAAAAGGCAGGAGGAAAGGGAGAAGGAGGCCGCAGAGCAAGCUGAGCGCAGUCAGAGCAGCAUCGUUCCUGAGGAAGAACAAGCAACCAACAAAGGCGAGGAGAAGAAAGACGAUGAGAACAUUCCAAUGGAGACAGAGGAGACACACCUUGAAGAAACGACAGAGAGCCAACAGAACGGUGAAGAAGGCACAUCUACUCCUGAGGACAAGGAGAGUGGGCAGGAGGGGGUCGACAGUAUGGCAGAGGAAGGAACCAGUGAUAGUAACACUGGCUCGGAGAGCAACAGUGCAACAGUGGAGGAGCCACCAACAGAUCCCAUACCAGAAGAUGAGAAAAAAGAAUAAAUGUUGCCUUGUUUUAUGUGUUCUAAAUACUUUUUUAAAUGAAAAAAUGUUUUUUGGUUUUAAUGGU